GCGAUAAUCUCCUCCUCGCAAGUCUCCUUCAUCACAAUGUCUAGGCCUGCCAUCGAAGCCAGAUCUUUAUCCUCACUAACAUCGCUCGCUUCCAACCCACCCCCAUACCCCAGGAAUCCCACGCAUGGGAAGCAAGAACCACUGGUACUCUAUAUUGCUCGUGUACCUGGCAGUAGAGAUGUGUUUCUUUCGCCCAUGAAACCAAGGGAAAAGGUCGUGACAGCAGAAGACGUUCAGAAUUCCCUGUACUUCGUGCAUAUGAACAACCCAGAAGAUGACCGGUUCAUGAGUGUUUCCUCGGUACAUCAGGAAACUAAUCAGGAACAACAACCAAUGGUUUCUUCAAAUUACACUCAAGUACCAGCAAUACCUCGAAAGGCUGUCCCCAAUGCAUCGGCACCCACCGGUGCACUUCCCCCAAGGCAACCUACGGCCGUUACUUUAAACCCUCUGAACAACUAUGGUGGUGGACAGAAUGCUGCCGCUGCGAAUAACUCGCACCUCAACUCCAACUAUCUCGCUCCUGAAUACGUACCACGCCGUUCAUUGGACAGUUCACAGUACCAGAAGGAAAAUGAAAGACCUUUUAGUUCUGCGCGACGUCACUCAGAGCAAGUUCGUUCUAUGGGUACAUCCCUCACCCUUAUCCGUCGCGAUCCAUCCUCGGGAGCGCAAUGGAACAUUGGUCGCAUCGAUGAUCCUUCAAUGCCAGAUAUAUCCUCAUCUGGGUUCAGUGACGGUUCAAACAAGAGGCCGAUUGGAGCACCUUUGUAUAUCGACAUAACGAAUCCCGGUUACUCGAAAUUUCUGCAUUCCGAGCAAAACUCAAUACCGCCAGAUGUUCAAGAGAGACUACACGAGAAUGCGAACGUAUUUCGUCGCCGUCUAUGGAUGGAAGGAGUGGGAAUUCUUACUGGCGGUUUUGGUCACCAAAGACUUAACUCGCAUGAUUCGGGUGUAUCUACAAGGAGUCCCAGGCAUAGUUCCGAAAUCUCUUCGGAUCACCGCGUUUCAACGACCACCCCCUUUCCUGGACAGGAGAGCCAACCUCAAAAUACCAAUCAAAUCCCCGGCAGCCAAACAGGUUUCCGCGGUUACGUCUUCAUGAGCCCCUGGGGUGGGCGCUGUGAAUUCAUCACUGGAGCGGGAGGCGGAUCACUAAAGUGUCAACACGUUGUUCCGGGUCUCCAAGGAGCUCCUCCUGUUGCUUUAAUCGUCAGCGAAUUGAGAUUCAAUUUACCAUCUACAGCAAAAGUUUCUACGUCUAAAGGUGAUGAUUCAUUGAAGAAACCGUCUUUCUUCCAUCGAUCACGGCAUCAUCGGCACGCUUCAGACGUAUCUGGUGAUACCACGCAUGGAGGCAAGGGUGCAUUUGAUCGCAUGGAUUUGUCUCUUGGACAAGAGUAUGCAGGAGGUGGCUUCGGUGGUAAAGACGCGAAGUUAGGGAAGCUUAUAAUAGAAGACGAGGGGUUAAAGAUGGUCGAUCUUCUGGUUGCAGCGAACGUUGCUCUUUGGUGGAGGGCAUAUGACAAGUAUGAAACUAGGAUCAAAACCAAUCGCGUCAGCUUCUCCUGA